AUGGAACUUGGACCGGAGGCUUCAGUAACCACAGCAGAACCCAUGACUCAGCUCCCAGUGGUGGCACCCCUGACACCAGCUCUACCAGCAGUGAGGGCUGCAUACAAGUUUCUGCGUAUGGAUGCAGCGCCUGUGAACACAGCACCUCUGGCAGUGUUGCCGACAGCACCCCCAGACAACCUGGAAGCUGCACUGCAGGUGAUGCACUGCAGGUGCCUGAAACAGAAUAAGUUCUACGCAUGGGAUAAUCGGGCUCCCACAAUUCUCUCUGCGCUGUUCCCUGCAAGUAGUGUCACAACAAUGAGAAGAUUCAAUAAUACCUUUAGUCACCUCAAUGGCUUUGUUUUGGUGGGCUUUUGUGAAUGGCCCAGACUAGAAAUAGUUCUUUUUGUGGUCAUCUCCAUCUUCUACAUCAUGACCCUCCUUGGGAAUUCAGCCAUCAUUAGCUUGUCAUGCUUUGAUCCCAGACUCCACACCCCCAUGUAUUUCUUUUUGGCUAAUCUCUCUUUUUUGGCCCUCUGCUCUACUACCUCCAUUGUGCCCCAGAUGCUGGUAAAUGUAAGGAGCCACCAGAGAAACAUCAGCUACAUAGGAUACAUAGCUCAACUUUUAAUCUUCCUUGGUUUGGGAUCCACUCAAUGUGUACUUCUCUCAGUAAUGGCCUUUGAUCGCUAUGUAGCUAUCUGCCAGCCUCUCCAUUACACAGUUACCACGCAUUUUUGGCUAUGCCAUCAGCUGGAAGCAGUGGGCUUGGUAACAGGUUUCAAAAACUCUUUGGUGCAAACAGUGUCGACUCUCCUGUUGCCUCGUUGUGGUCAAUAUCAGGUGGAGAAUUUCUUCUGUGAGGUACCUGCCAUGCUUGAAUUACCGUAUGUUGAUACAUGGAUCAAUGAAGUGGAGAUGUAUGCAGCAGUGGUAGUCAUAAAAGUGAUCCCAAUUGGAUUGAUUCUAUUCCCUUACAUCAACAUUGUCAGAGCUGUAGUUAGGAUCCAAUCUUCUGAGGGUCGCAAGAACGCUUUCAACACAUGUGGGUCUCAUCUGCUGGUGGUCUUUAUGUUCUAUGGCUCAGCCAUUAAUGGUUAUGCAUAUACGGCACCCAAGAGCAACUCAGCCAAAUUGAAGGGCAAGCAUCUUGCACUUUCCUAUGGACUUAUAACUCCAAUGCUCAACCCUCUCAUCUACACCUUGAGAAACAAGGAUGUUAAGGGAGCAGUAAGAAGCUUCUGGGGAGAGAACAAGAGCAAAGAUGGAACAUGGCUUAGGAGAAUGAAGUCCUCUUACAAUUCAAAUUCCACACUCCCAGAAUGCCAAUGGGCAACUGCCAGCAUUCCUCUCACUCCCAAAUUACAAUGGCUGAUUGUUACUAUUAUUACCUACGUAUUUCACAGGAAGUAA